CGGCUUCGCGCCGAGCGGGGCGGGCGGGGGCGCGGCGCGGGCAGCGGCUGCUUGGUGUCCGCCGCCGCCAUGGUGCGCACGCUGAACUGCAUCGUCGCCGUGUCCCAGAACAUGGGCAUCGGCAGGAACGGGGACCUGCCCUGGCCCCCGCUCAGGAAUGAAUUCAAGUAUUUCCAAAGAAUGACCACGAACUCCUCCGUGGAAGGUAAACAGAAUUUGGUGAUUAUGGGUAGGAAGACAUGGUUCUCUAUUCCUGAGAAGAAUCGACCGUUAAAGGACAGAAUUAAUAUAGUUCUCAGCAGAGACCUCAAGGAACCUCCACAAGGAGCUCAUUUUCUUGCCAAAAGUCUGGAUGAUGCUUUAAAACUUACUGAGCAACCAGAAUUAGCAAAUAAAGUGGACAUGGUUUGGAUAGUGGGAGGCAGUUCUGUUUAUAAGGAAGCCAUGAACAAACCAGGCCAUCUUAGACUAUUUGUGACAAGGAUUAUGCAUGAAUUUGAAAGUGACACGUUUUUCCCAGAAAUUGAUUUGGAGAAAUAUAAACUUCUGCCAGAGUGGGCUGUGGCAAGACCACACCAAACCCUGGGCAAGACGCACCAAACCCUGAGGGCAAGACGACACCAAACCCUGAGGGAAUAGAGGGUUAGUCUGCAAAGAGAAGAUUUAAUGAUACUGGAACUCAGGGAAAAGUGCAGAGAAGAGAAUUUCUACUGCACCGAACCAGCCAAAAUCAUUUGGGAAGGCAUCAAGAACGAGACUGCCCCUUUUUUCAGCCCCUGGUCAUAGCUACCCUACAAAGGCCCGAUAUCUUGCCUGCAGGGUGGUCUUUGCUGCCGUUGCUCUUGGGUAGGUGGAUUAUCAAAUCUUAAACUCAGGAGCUUCCCCCCAGCAUUUCAUUAUCAACUAUUUCAAGCACACAGAGAUGUUGAGAGAAUUGGAGUUAAGCACCCCAUUACCCAUCACCUAGAUUCUCUCCGUGUUAACACCUUCCUAGCUCUGCUCCACCGCGUACGUAGCCAGCCAGCCAGCCAUCAGCGUGCACGUCAUCAAUGACACUUCAGUUGUGUACGUUUGGGGGAGGGGUAAAAUUUACACAUGGAAAUGCAGAUCUUAAGUGUAGCUCUGUACAGGUUUUAACAAACCCCUGUGCCUACAUGACCUAAACCUCUGUCCCUCACCCUAGAAAACUCCUUCCCCCACCCCCCAAGGCAAGUGCUACUCAGUCCUCCAGCCCCCAUGGGCAAGUGCUACUCUGGGGGUUUUUUUUUCCUCAUUAUAGAUUAUUUUUGCCUGUUUCUGAACUUCAUAUGAAUGGAAUCCUACAGGAUGUAUGCUUUGGUCUGGCUUAUUUCAUUUGCAUCGUUUAUCUGAGAGUCACCCAUGUGGCUGCACGCAUUAUGGGUUUGUUCCUUUUCAUAACUCAUGGUAUAACUGCACCACCAUUUAUCUGUUCUCCUACUGAUGGAUAUGUGGACUCUUAAAGUGGGAUCUGAGGUUGGUAUUGAAGGAUCUAGAGAGGUGGUGGGGACUGAGGGUCGAGAGGAAGGCAGAUGUAUACUCCAGGCAGAGGAAAAGCCAUGAAGAAACUUCAUCUCCAGGGGAUCCCUGGGUGGCACAGCGGUUUGGC